AUGACUACAAAACAAUUCAUCUUCACCCAUACUUCCGAGUGCACCAACAAGGACUUCAGAUCUGAGGUCGACCUUGAUGACAUUCAGGGCGAUGUGGUUGUCCAGUUUCCAAAACGUGUGAAGAUUUUAUUUUCUUUAAGAUCCGUGAUGGAGCUCUAUGCUGGUUUUGAAACUCCCGACGUUCUCAAGCAAGGCCAAUUGGUGUGCGCUGAAAAACUAGGCGAUCCUAUGGAAGACGGGAAGCCAAAAGAAUGGAUCGACGAAUUUAAGAAGCAGCAUGACCAAAUUCAUGGCAUCCUACUUAUUGCAGGCGAUUCGGAUUCUACUCUACAAAAAUUCAGAGACGAUGUCAAGUUAGCCUUGGGCAAUAAUGCAGAAGUAAUUUACGAGCUUAGAGGUCAGGUCCGCCCUGGUGCUAACAAGGUUGGUCUUCCUGAUUUCAUUUGUGGGUCGGUUAAUCUAUCGUUUGUGCUCCAGGGUCAUGAACAUUUUGGUUGGAAGGACGAAGCUGAACGCGGAAACAUUUUGGUGGGACACCCAGGCGAUAAUGACCGCACGAGCAGCGAUAAAAGCAAGGCUUUUAAGCGACCUGGUUGGGCUAAAAAUGGAAGCUAUAUGGCCUUUAGACAGUAUGAUCAAUUGGUUCCGGAAUUUCACAAAUGGACAGUGGACAACGCUAUCGACCUAAAAAUACCUGGAAUGUCACCCGAUCAGCUCAGGGAGAAGGGUGCUGCGCUGCGUGCUGCUCAGUUAGUUGGACGAUGGCCAAGCGGAACACCUUUGGAACUCUCGCCGCACGAAGAUAACCUAUCCAUUGCCAGCAAUCCCAAACGAGUUAACGAUUUCUUAUUCAAGCCUGAUGAUCAAACGAAAUGUCCAUUCUCUGCCCACAUUCGUAAACUGAACCCCCGGGUUGACUAUUCAAAUUCCGACAAUGAUAGGCUCAAGUUUAACUUUGGCGAAAACAGUAUCAUACGAGCCGGGAUUGCAUACGGACCUGAGGUAGAACCUGAAGAGAAUAAAGAACACAAGACGCGACAUAGCCGUGGGCUAGCUUUUGUUGCUUACCAAAAUGACAUUAUCCAAGGGUUUCAAUUGCAGCAGACUGCCUGGGCGAACAACACUGAAUUCCCCCCAACCAAACACAAUGGCCCAAACUUCGAUUUCUGGGGACUAGAUCCCUUGAUUGGGCAGAACCAACAGUCGCAACCAGCUGAGGCCCGUGUAACGACUGAUAAUGUGGGAAACAGUGUCAAUAUCGGGCGAUUCAUUAUUCCACGCGGAGGCGCCUACUUCUUUGUCCCGCCGCUCCAAACUCUGAAGCAGCUAUGCGCCGUUCACAUGUAA